AUUAAGUGACCGGAAACUCAGUAAAUUCAAAACUCAACUUCGAUUCCUUAAUUAAUCGGAAAUUCUCUAUUCACUCAGCUCAAGGUGGUACAAUUACAAGUUUAUUGCGAACAAUUUAUCUUCAGGCUCGGUAUCGAGAUUGAGAGUCGAACAAAAAGGAUAUGAAAAUGACCCCUACAUAAGGCUUGGAUCUCAUAUAAGUGAGAAUAAACAUGGACGCACCAGAUGUAUCGAAGUUGCAAGUUGAAGACGCCGACGCAGGCGGAUCGAGUCAAACUAAAGUCCCCUCCAUAGAAAAUAUCCAACAACUUCUAAAGACCAAGGAUGACACCUCCAGAUUUGUUGGCCUGGCUCUUCUAAAAUCAGUCUUGGACAACUCCCCCGACCUCCAAAGUGAGAAGGAAGUCAUCGUUUCAUUAUGGAACUCUGUCUCCCCCAAAUUUCUCGACCGCCUGUUACGUACUGGCUCUGAUCCUGGUUCGGAGUCGAAGAAUUCCAAGGAUAUGCUUGACUUAGCCGUCGCUGUCAUCCAUACAUUUGCCGUUUUGCUACCCGAGGACGCAAAGCAAGAUUCGAAGCUCUUGAACCGGAUACCGAGGUUGGCAAAAGCCGUUCUCCAUAGCUCUAAAGAGACUACGAAAGUCAUCAUAGAGACAUUGCUAACUCUCAUCACUGUACCUGACGGUGCUAAAAGCUUCGCUAACCUCGAAGUCGAUGACUGGACCUCUCUGAUUGAGAUUGCGCCCGAGCACUCACAUGUGCUAACAAUAUUCAUUUGGGCCUGGGAAAAGGGCACUCUUGGUAUUGAAGAUGAGAACGCAAAGGCAUUGAUGAGGGCCAAGAUCAAUAGUGGCAUCCAGUCUUUCGUAUCUUCCUUCAUUGGCACCGACGCAACGAGCCUCUUAGAAUUUGUAUCUCAUAUUCUAAGAAAUCUAGACGAGAAUCUCAUACCACAAAAUCCCAAAUGGAUUGGUUCGAUUACCAAGCUUAUACGGAACUUGGCUACCAACCGGCCAACCGCAGCUAGCCGGUCAGCAUACACAAAUUGCGCUGGCGCCUUGCUGCUCAUUUACCCUGAAUCGACACCACGAUUGUUGUUCCUCGACGAGAAGGACUCAUCAAAACCGUUCUCAUAUCUCUUUAUCAACCUCAUUCUAGUCGAUCUCCGCGCAACCUUACCGACACUGUUAGAGAAACUUAAUGACCCGGAAUACCCUCGUAUAUCGCAACGCCUUACAUCAGCCCUUGAUAUCCUAACAGCUUUCAUCGGCCAGCUCGUCGCCUGGAUGGAAGAACUGGACGAUCCUAAGCCAGGCACGGAUUCGGCAAGUAUAUGGCUUAGGAUAUCUCCCGACCUUGUCCUUAAGCUAAGCCGCUCCAUCGCCGAGACCUUAUCCGUCACGAUGGAGUAUCUUCGAGAUCGCUGGGAUGCGUCAGUAGCUGGCGCUCAGGGGCUACACCCGGAAGCUCGCACCGGCAACGCGCAUACUAACUCCGGCUCUCACAAGACGCUGGCGUGGGAUGCUAAGGACGAGAGGGCAGCUACAGAUGCUUUCAUUUUAUCUGCUAUCCGGGCCAUCGCGCUCUGGGUUCGCGAUGAUGACGGGGAUGUCCUACGGAAAGAGGGUUCGGGCCUGAUGGACAUGUUCAUGGAGUUAUACCAGAGCAGUAGUUCAACAUCUUCUCAACCAAACGGGUUGGAUUAUAGACUCCCAAUACUCGCAGCACUCGAGGGUAUACUCCGAACGUCGAAAGGCAUUGACGCUUUCAACUCUCAUGAUGGUUGGGCAAUAUUGUCGCGCGACAUGCUCAAGAUCCUAGAGGAAAGCUCCUCUCCCGGAACCCUACAAGAUGCAGACUUCGUCCGUGGCACCCGUAUCGCUUUUGCCCUACAUAUAGUAGCAGAGAGCGAAGGUAGCACACCCGAGGACUGGAUGGGAAUUGUAACGGCUGUAGCAGCAUACGAUGUCCCUAGCAUGGAGAGUGCCAAUGACGCUACAUGUCUCGAGUUUCAGACGGAUGUAUUGCAACUCACCACCACAUUGCUAGAAAAUGCGAACCCAGGAAUGAAAAAGCGGUACGUACACUCAGCUAGAGCUAUUCGAGGACUCGCCGAGCAAUUGAGAGGUAGGGCAGAGGAAGGCAGUGAUACUGCAAAGCAGUUAGAGGAUGUAUUGUCUACCUUGGACGCCUAGUUAAUUUGGAUAUAUAUGAAUCCAAUAUAUUCUUUGCUAAAAGGCUAUCUGACUUUAGACAAUAAGACAUCAAAUACCAAAUGGUUGGAAUAGAUCUUGGAGCUCCAUUGCAAAGUUGUGGGUUGAAAAUCUCAUCGUCUUCUUAAUCUACUACACGAUGAACGCCGUCUCACAUGACUCAAUAUAUUCUACAGAAAAAAAGGGGAUAGGUGCAAGUGCUCCGACAACUACCUAGACACUGGAAUCUACCUACGUAUUUUCAUCGUCAUAUG